CAAGUAGGUCUUUUUUACGUAGGCGUCGCAGCCGGAUGCCUUCCUACUUGUAAAGCUGGAGAAGAGGGAGCGCGCAUGUGGUUUGGGGGAGCCGUCCCGAGGCCCCGUCAUGUAUUACAAAUUUAGCGGCUUCACGCAGAGGCUGGUUGGGGCCGGCGCUUCUGCUGCUUACUCCCCUCAGGGAUUCAAGCCAGUGGUAUCUGUGGAAUCGCCAGCUGUGAUAUUUGAUACCCCCAUUAAAGUUGCCCCAGACACACCAAAUAAGGCUGGGAGUUUGGUUAAGAACAAGGUACCAGAACUACAGAAAUUAUUUCAGAGGCCUGAUGAUUUUCCGGUACAUAUGAAACGAGGCGUUCCUGAUCGACUUCUUUACCGGACCACUAUGGCAUUAACAAUAGGAGGGACCAUCUACUGUCUGAUAGCUCUCUAUAUGGCUGCCAGUCCCAAAAGAGAGAAGUAAAUAAUAUAUGUCCUGUAGGAACUGUCAUCUAACUAUGCUCUGGAAAGGAAGACCUUAAUACUUCAGUCAUAUGAUAGUAUAUUCUUGGGUUUCAUGUUGAGUUAAAGACAAAUAGAGAGUAAUGUAAGGAAGUUAGAGUAAUCACUACCAUGGUGGGGAAAGUCAUUACCACCUAUGCAGUUUUGCAGAUUCCUCUUUGCAGUUAUCAGUAAAAUAAAUCUCAUGUAGAGUAGUUAGUCUGAAGAACUUCCCAAUAGUAAGGCGUGAUAAGUUGAUGGUUGAAAUUAAAUUGUUGCGUCGUACUUUAACAUUGCUCUCCUGCCCAGAAGUAAGAGCAAAUAGAAGUUGACACUUAGGUGAUGAAGAAGGGAAAGGCUACUAUUAGGGUAUUCGUAAAUGGCAAGCUGUGAGAGAUACAUAAAUCAGAAUCUAACACUGAAGAUGUUCCCUACAUCUAUUGAAAUCUUGGAUGUACUUUUUUGUGAAGUCACUUGGCAAAGAACUAUUUUGUUCCAACCUACCACAACUUUCUGUUCUGAAUAACACUUCAUUAAUUCUGCUUCUGUCUGCACAUUUCUUGGAAACAGUGUUGCACUUAAGAUAGGUUCAGUGUGGCACAUUAAUUCCACAAUGGUUCCCUAUCACUUCUGAAAUCUUUUUGUUUUAACAUUGCAAUAAGUACUGAUAAAUAAAUGUUUUAUCCCUGCA